CUCGGGCCGUGCUACUCGCAGGGAGGACGGGAAAACUCACCGGCGGGCGAGAGCCACAGGGAGGGACUGAGCUGCCUGGAGAGCUCUUCGGAUCUUUUUACAAAGAGAUUUCUCAUCAUCUGUCCCCGCUGUGCCUCCGUUCGGGGACCGACCCCUAUCUUCUUCUUCUGCUUGUCUUGGGCAGCCUCCCCCCCUGCUCGGGCCGUAUGGAGGCGCCCAAGAUGGCGGGCGGAUGGGGUCCGUGCCGCGGGUAGAAGCGCGGCGCUGGGCACGGGCAGGGGUCGGGGCUGUCCCCCCGGGACGCCCCUUUCAUCGCCAUGAGCAACAUCUACAUCCAGGAGCCCCCCACCAACGGCAAGGUUUUGCUGAGAACAACAGCAGGAGAUAUUGAUAUAGAGUUGUGGUCAAAAGAAGCACCGAAAGCAUGUCGAAAUUUCAUCCAGCUUUGUAUGGAAGAGUAUUACAAUAACACAAUAUUUCACAGAGUAGUGCCUGGUUUUAUAGUGCAAGGAGGUGAUCCCACUGGUACUGGAUCAGGUGGAGAAUCAAUAUACGGAGCUCCCUUCAAGGAUGAGUUCCACUCACGACUGCGAUUUAAUCGAAGAGGACUUGUUGCUAUGGCAAAUGCUGGGCCCCAUGAUAAUGGCAGCCAGUUUUUCUUUACAUUGGGUCGUGCAGAUGAACUUAAUAACAAGCACACAAUCUUUGGAAAGGUUACAGGGGAUACAAUAUAUAACAUGUUGCGGCUGGCUGAAGUAGAAGUUGACAAGGAAGAAAGACCACUCAGUCCACACAAAAUAAGAAGUAGUGAGGUUUUGUUUAAUCCUUUUGAUGACAUUGUUCCAAGACCAAAUAGAAAACUGAAGAGGGACAAACCAGAAGAAGAAGAUAAAAAGCCCAAAGUAAAAGGCACAAAAAAUUUUAACCUGCUUUCAUUUGGGGAAGAAGCUGAAGAAGAAGAGGAGGAAGUCAACAGAGUUAGUCAGAGUAUGAAAGGAAAAAGUAAAAGUAGUCAUGAUCUACUGAAGGAUGAUCCACAUCUAAGCUCAGUUCCUGCUGUCAAAAGUGAAGCAGCAAAUGAAGACAUGUAUUUGAGUGAGGAGGAAGAAGAAAAUGAUGAAGAUGCUGAUAGUGUAGAAGAUGAAGCUGCUAGCAAUGAGAGAUUUCAAAUGAAAGAACGUAUUGCAAAAAAGUUGAAAAUUGAUGCAAAUGAAGCUGUUAAACCACCAGUUCAAGAGGAAGAAACUAAGACAGAAAAGAAAACAAGCAGUCGCAGUGAGGAGCUACGGAAAGAAGCACGACAGCUGAAACGUGAACUGCUGGAGGCAAAGCAAAAAAAAGAAGAGCAAGCUUUAAAACCCAAAGAAAAGGAAGAAGAGGAACCUGCUCCAAAUAGUGUUGUUGAAGAAUACCUUCAGGAGAAGAGAAAAUAUGAAGACAAGCGGAAGCAGCAGCCAAAGAAAGGCGUUUCUCGUGAAGAUCAGACACUGGCACUAUUGGACCGGUUCAAAUCAAAGUUAACCCAGGCAAUCGAAGAAACUCCUGAAAAUGAGAUUUCUGAACCUGAAGUAGAUAAUGAUGAAGGCUGCUUUCAGAUAUACUGUGGGACAAGAAAGAAUAAACAAGGAUGUCACAUGUACUUCAGUUUGAAGAUAGAAGCAGAAAGGUGAAAGAUGCAAGCAUGCAGGAUGAAGACACUUUUGAGAUCUAUGACCCACGGAAUCCUGUAACUAAGAGGAGAAGAGAAGAAAGCAAGAAGAUAAUGAGAGAAAAAAAGGAAAGGAGAUAAAAUGUAUGUUAUCCUAGCCAGAGCUGCCUUGAAAAGCGACUGCAAUAAAGCACUGGCUCUUUUGUAAGCUGUAGCUCCUAAAAAUAUCAUUUGACAAGUGUGAAAAGGAAUCUCUCAAGAACCUGUUGUGUGGUUUUGAAUCUGAGCUACCAUUUGUUUCUUAAGUUGUGCAGUAAACUACUCUCAGUGCAUUCAUUAUCCAAGCUUGCUAAAGUUUUUUAUGUACUUAAUAAAACAGCUGACUUCA